CCUCUCCCUCUCUCUGUUAAUUUACCUGUCUGCACGGAGACUUUAGCCCAGCAGUACUGUACAACUCCAAAUGGCCGACCGAAGAGUGGGCUUCUGUCUGAGCGAUAAAAAGAGGAAAAGAAUGAACCUGUCGGCCUUUGCCGAGCUUUGUAGACACCGCGGUAUUGAAGUGGUUGAGAUUGACCUGAGUCAACCAAUGGCAUCCCAGGGCCCCUUUGAUGUCAUCAUUCACAAGCUGUCUGACGUCAUCGUGGAAGCUGAGCAUGAUAGCCAAUCGCAGAGUCUCCUCUCCAACUUUCAGGAGUACGUGUCUGCCCAUCCUCUCACAGUCAUGCUGGACCCUUUGCCAGCAAUGAUACAACUACUGGAUCGUUUUGCGUCCUACCGCAUCAUGAACAAGCUGCAAAAUUCUUUGAGAGACAGGGGUAUCUGCAGCCCUCCUUACCUGGAGAUCAAUACCAGUGACCAGCUGGAAAUCAGGGAGGCAGUGGAGAGGAAGCAGCUCACUUAUCCUUUGAUCUGCAAAACCAGAGUGGCCCAUGGUUUGCGUUCCCAUGAGAUGUCUCUAAUCUUCUGUCCCGCGGGGCUGAAGGACGCCCAGCCCCCCUGCGUACUGCAGAGCUUUGUGAACCACGGCGCGGUGCUGCACAAGGUUUUCGUGGUGGGGGAGGCGCACUUCACCGUAGAGAGACCCUCGCUCAAGAACUUCCCUCUGGGUCCCUGUGACAGGAAGACAAUCUUCUUCAACAGCCACGAGGUGUCCAAGCCAGAGUCCUGCUCCCACCUGACUGCUCUAGACAAGAAGACACCCCGGCUGCCCCCCCCUAGCCAAGACGUGAUGGUUGCCUUGGUGAAGGAGCUCCGGGCGGAGCUGGGCAUGGCGCUAUUCGGGGUGGACGCCAUCGUCAACAUCCACACGCGUACCCUCACCAUCAUCGACAUCAACAUCUUCCCUGGGUAUGAGGGAGUUCCACAGUUCUUCUCCUCCCUCCUAAGUCACAUUGAAGCCGUCCUGAAGCAGAGGGACCGUCCUGCCCUGGAGACCCCACCACCUCCCUGACCCCCCCAUCUGUCGGCUGAGAAGCAUGUCCGCAUGUACACACAAGGCUUCAGUGUCCACGUUGUGAAAUAUCCAGUACUUGCCACACCUACUGAUCAACAACGGGUAGCUAACCAGUCUGGGGUCAUCUCCUACAGCAGGGGUGUCCAGUCUUAUCUGAAAAUGGCCCGUGUCGGUGCAGGUUUUUGUUUCAGCCCAGCUCUACGACAGCUGAUUCUACUCAUCAAGGUCUUUUUUGAAGACUAUAAUUAGUUAAUUAGUUGAAUCGUGUGUCAUAGUGCUAGGCUGAAACCAAAACCUGCACCCACACCAAUCCUUUUCAGACAAGACUGGACUGGACCCUGAUCUAGAAUCUCAAAAGGCACUGGUGUCUCCUGCAUGGCUGGAGCACAGAUCUGUCUGGUAAGGUCAGAGGUCAAACAGCUGGACCCUUUAGAAAUCACCUUUCGAUCCUAAUAAGCUGUAUAUAAAAACAUAAAUAGGUCUCCUGCCUUGCUGAGGGAAAAACCAUCUGAUUUAUUUAUCUUUCAUGACAUUUGUAGGAUUACUACAUACUACAUACUACAGAACGUGUCUGAACAGACAGGCAGGGACGAGCAGGUUUGUUUUAACUGUGCUGUUUAUUGAUUGACAGGUAAAAAUAGCGAAGAACAGGGGGUUUCCAACACAAUCCUGAGAACCCACCAUGUAAGCUGGCUUUUGUUCCUGCCAUAAUCACAACUUUGAAUAGCAUUCAGCUGUUAACUGUCCUUAAUUAGACACCUAAUGUCUACUGGAGGAUAAUUUACCCUUUAAAGGUUGCAGUAUGCCAGAAAUAGCCAUAACAAAGCAAUCUCAAAUGUCAUAUCCCAGGACUUUUAAUCAGUCACAUCUACAAGUGCACUCAUUUUCUGUAAUGGUGAACUCACUUGGGUCCUAAUUACUGAAAGUGUGGCCACCUAGUCACUGAAACUAUUUAGUUUAAUGACAGACAAAGUGUCAGUGUGCUAAAUCUGCACAUGCUGGAAAGAUUAAAGAACAAAAUGGUGUUACAACCGAAACAUGUCGUUCAGCCAUUUUAAUCAAAUGAUAUUGGCUGAGACAAAAGCCAGCAAACAGGGUGGGCUUCCAGGAACAAUUUUAAAACCAUGGGCAUAGAAGACAUAGCAGGCACAAAUGCAGGACUUUGAUUGGCCAGUGAAAACUCCCGUUAUCCAUCGGUCAGGCAUUGCAGCCUCUUUGUCACAUCUAGCUUUAACCUUUGACCUCUGUC